AGGGAGUAGACAGUCGCAGUGUGGCUCUACUGAGGUGCUGGUCACGUCCUUAGUCAUCUCACUCUAAAAUGUUCAAUUUAACAAAGACAGCUGCUAGGAACAUUGGGUUUCGUUGGCUUUCAGGCAGUGCUUCACUGCAAGCACCAACAGUAGCUGUGGUGCUUUCUGGCUCUGGGGUAUACGAUGGUUCUGAAAUUCAUGAAGCUUCAGCUGCCCUAGUUAGCCUGACACGUGGUGGAGCAGAUGUUGUUUGUUAUGCUCCUGAUUCUGCUCAGAUGCAUGUUAUAGAUCACACUAAGGGUGCACCAGCAGAGAGGGAAACUCGUAAUGUUUUAGCCGAGUCUGCCCGUAUUGCUCGUGGUAACAUUAAGCCUAUCACUGAGUUAACGAGUGGGGUGGCAGAUGCUGUUUUCUUUCCAGGUGGAUUUGGAGCAGCCAAAAACCUGUCUGACUUUGCAGUUAAAGGAGCAGAUAUGACAGUUAAUAGUGAAGUAGAGAGAGUAAUAAAGGAUUUUCAUGGUGCCAAGAAGCCCCUUGGUUUCUGUUGCAUUGCUCCCAUGUUGGCUGCGAAAGUUCUAGGUGGCAGUGGUGUUACUGUUACUCUUGGCAAGGCAGAUGAUGGGUCGGGAAAGUGGCCAUAUGCAGGUUCGAUUGAGGCUGCUAAGGCUUUGGGAGCAAAUACAGUUGAAAAGGCAGUUGAUGAAGUGGCAGUCGAUGAGGCUAACAAAGUUGUGACUUCACCAGCUUUCAUGUAUGAUGGCAAAUUUCAUGAGAUUCAUGAUAGUGUAGCCAAGGCCAUCAGUGCACUUCUAGUGGCCUGAGGACCCUGUGCAAACAAGCUCCACAAAGUCUUCAAAGUGAUGAAUAAAAUUAACAUUACCAGUUUUGCAUUUAAGAAAAAAAAAGUACUACUUAAGGUUAUCACUUCCUUUAUUUAACAAAGAAACUAUGAUAACCAAUAAUUAUUCUAUUUACUGCUUUCUAAUUUUUGCAGUAAAGUCAUUUUUUUCUGUUUUUAUGGCAAUAAGGUUUGCUCUAUAAAAAUUUGAAAAAAAAAAAAAUACUCUUAUCUCAUAAAAAUUGGUAUUUUUUAUGAGCUGAAUACAUGACACUGUACAUUUCAACAUUUCUAAAAAAUCUUGCACUGCCCACAGGUUGUGUACUACACUGACUAGUAAAUCUUUUAAGUAUUCUCUGAUUUAUCAUACACAAUAUCUAUAUAUAGCCAGUAUUAGGACAUGGUUCACUUUAACUAUUAAUAGGCAUAUUCACUUACCUGCAGAAGUUUUUAAAACUUAUAUGUGCCUCUACUACUCUGUAUGAAGCCCAGCUAUUCCAGUGCACCACCACUGGUCUUCAAAUAAAUAGCACCAUCAAGCAAAUCAUUAUAAACUUGCAAUACACAAUAUUCAUUCAUAUUUCAAUGAAAGUAGUUUUGUGACCAAGUACUGUAGUAGUAUUACCAACUAUGAGAAGAUUUUCAUAUUAGAACUAAUUAACAAAAUACACAAAAACUUCCCAUAAAUGUAAUUAAUUCCUGCAGAUGAACACUUCCUGUACAUUUUGCUCACCAUGGAGGUGAACAGUUAGUUAACUAUAAGUUCUAUAUAACUUAUGGCACACAGUCAAGGAAAAGUUAAAUCACAAUAUAAUCACACUAUGCUCGCCACAUAUUCAUAAUUAUAAUUAAUUUACAUGUUUUUACAAAAGGUUCCAAUGAUCUGGAAAUUCAGUUUUCACUGGGCUACUUCCUCUAUAUACAUAUGUGCAAAACUCCACUAUGUGAGAUUGAAAAAAAAAAACAUAAAAAGAGAUCACAUAAGAUCCUCUGUGCAACAGCACAAACAACUGUGCUAAACAAAUCAGGGUCUACACCAAUAGGAGAUUCUCAUGAAAAUUUAUUUUGAUAUGUCCCUCUUAUACUAUUGUUAUGUACUGUAUAUAUCUCAUUCUGUGGACAAUGCUUACAAUAUCAUAAAAUACUGUAUUUACAAAAUUUUAUGGCACAUUACAUACAGUAGAUCUAUACAAUAAAUUGCUCAUAUGAUACUAUAGCUACAGAACAUUUUAAAUGGCAAUAUACUGUGAUAAAUUCUGAAGAACUUUUAUAACAGAUGCAAAAAAGAACUGUGCAUUUUAAAGAAGAUACUUAAGUGCAUUCUUUACUGUUGGACAGCAAAUGAAAAGGGAUAAAGCGUACAUAUUUUCGAAUUAUGUGAAGAAGUUAUAUAUGAUACUGUACAUUAUACACAUAACUAGUAGCUGAGGCUUUGUGAGCGAGCCUACACACUCUGUGAGUACAACUAAUGUGAAAUGAUAGGCAAGGUUCAAGAAGCUACUAACUCACAACAUAUACAUUUCAGACUGCUUACCUUCUUCUUAGGGCAAAAUGUAAACAACAAUGCUCUGGCACAGGACAUCAAGUAAAAGUAUUUUAUAUUUUUUUACUUUCAAAAAUCACUUCAGCGAUUAAAAAUUAUCACUACCA